CCACACUGUGGAAAAUACCUUUGCAGACGUGGCACCCGAGUGCACACACCGACCGCCACAUGUGCUUUUCUGCUGGGAAUCCCUGGGGUGAACGCAUGUUUUAUGGGCGUUUCCAGGAGCGCGCGUGCACCUCCUGACGGGGAGCUGGCGGGCAGGGGUGGCAGCAGCAGCUCUAGCCUUGGGGGGACAAGCCUCUCUCAGCCACGCCAGGGGAAAAGAGAGUUAAGGACACUCACCCCCACCCACGCACACACACAAGGCAGCGUCGGGUGGGAGAGAGAAGGCCGUUUCUCCUUCUGUAGCCUGGGUCUCCCACGGGCCUUCCCCGGUGCUGAGCGAGACACCAGUUGCCGGGUGAAGGGCCACAGCGGGCCAGGCCCCGACCCUGUCGUGACCCACCUGGGCACCUUCCCGGACCAGCUCCGCCUCCCCUGCCCUCCUCUCUCCAGGAAGGAGCCAGAACCCUCACCCCUCUCCCACCCUCCCCAGGGGUAA